AUGCCUAAUACGAACGAUCCGGAGAGGCUUAGGAGCAAGCGUGGAGCAAGGAGAGCGCAAGUCACGAAGCUUACAAACGAUGCUGCUGCGGCACUUCAGGACCACAACACUACAGCGCUGGCUAUUCACGUUCUCCUGGAGAAGCUGAUUCAAUGCAGCAAGGAACUCUAUGCGCUAGAUCGUGAAGUUGAGGAGCACACUCCCGCUGAAGACUUCGACACGGAUUAUGCAUCUGUGCUACAGUAUGAAGAAAAGAUCACAGAGUAUAUUGCCAAGUUAACUCGGACCUACGAACAGCUUCAAGUAGCGACGACAUCGGACUCUCCACCAGCGGUACCGACAACGAUUGGGUCCCUAACGGCACCGUCUGGCUCUGGCGUCAAGCUACAACGCCUGCAGCUCAUGAAGUUUCGUGGCGAUCUUGCAGAAUGGCAGCCCUUCUGGGAGCAAUACAAGGCAAACAUACACGAAAACAGGAAGCUAAGUAAACGUGACAAGUUUCACUACCUUCGUUCAUUGCUUCUGGGACCGGCUGCUGCAGCCCUGUCAGGGCUCCAAACUACUGAGGCGGCCUAUGACGACGCGAUUGCCCUGCUCACGCAACGUUUCGGAGAUAAAGGAAGGCUCGAGAGGCAAUACUUAGAGAAACUGAGGACGCUCCCACGUGUCAGAUCUUCAAUGGACACGGCGGCUCUGCGGAGGCUCUACGACUACGUACAAACGAAUACCUGUGGACUUCGCUCAUUGGGAGUCCCAACUGUAACAUAUUCGUCAAUGAUGACUGAGAUAUUGCUGGCUGCACUGCCACCCGACCUUCGACUAGAUUAUUACCGUGGACAUGCCCAAGGCGAGACAUCAUCUCCUGCAGCAAACGACCAGUCCCCUGCCUCCGAAGAUGAAAACGCGGCCUCUUCAGCCUGUUCGGAAGAGCUGAACAAGCUUCUUGGAUUCUUGAAGAAAGAGGUUGAAAGCAGAGAGAAAAGUGGAUUAUGUGUCCAGCUGGACGACAAGCAGCGCAAACAGCGGGCGACCACUACCAAGGGUCAUGCUGGUACGCCGUCGGCCCUUGCUUUGCACAGCCGGACAACGGCGGGUCUACUAAGCUGCAUCUUCUGUAAUGAAAAAUCUCACACAACGGAGACAUGCAAGGCUGACGUACCAUUGGAGGAUAAAAAGAAGGCUCUCGCUAAGAACCGACGCUGCUUUCGAUGUACGAAAAGCUACCACAGUUCUAAAGAGUGUCGGUUCAGGGGAAAAUGCUCAAAAUGCGGUGGUCGGCACGUGGACACUAUGUGCGACCCUAACUGGAAGCCCAAACCGAUCGAAGGCGGACAGGCCACGAACGCUUCGCACACGUUAGAAGCUCCUGGGCUAAUGACAGCGGUCUCCCAUCUGAGCACUGUCCUCCUACAAACAUUUCGCGCAUGGGCAGUGGCGAACUACAGGUGCCUGUACAUUCGAGGUAUCGUGGACAGUGGAAGUUCCAGGACGUUCAUCCGCGAGGACCUCGCCCAAGAACUUGGUUUGAAGGAGGUGGCACAAGUGGUGAUCGGCAUCCAUACGUUCGCCUCGGGAUCGGACUGCACGCCUAUCAAGCGGAGCGUGGUGGAGGUGACUGUUAGGAGCCAGUACGGUAAUGAAGAGAUUACUCUUGCGGCCAUCGUUGUACCUCUGAUUUGUAAAGACAUCGAAGAAUCACCAGUUGACAGUGAACAUGUGGUGGAACUGGGGGACUGCGGGGAGCAGAUCGCCGACAUUGUUGCUUUUCCUGGCAUCCCUCAAGUCAGUGGCAUCAGUCUGCUAGUCGGAUCUGAUCAAGUGUCAAAACUAAUCUCAGGAGAAAUCCGCUGCUAUUGA